AUGUCUGCAAUGGGAGAUCCCAGCCAUGGGGUCAAUCGGGACCUGCUGCCCCAUGUGCACCUCGUCUCGACAUACCGCUACACACACAAGCCCCGGGUUGAGAUACCCGAAGUCACCCAGAUGCUGAUGAACGCGCCAUCAAUCGCGCGCGACAAGGCGCCCUUCUUCUGGACAUAUCUAGACCGCCCCGAGAAUGGCAACACCAUGCUCACAUGGCAGCCGCUGCAGCUGCUGGGCACCCAAUUCGCCAGUGAUGGCUAUAUUUGGCCCCCGGCGGAACAGUACUUCACCCAGGACAUGGGCAACGGGAUUAUCCUGGAGAUGUACUACCACAAAGCAGGAUACUCCGUUGGGGAACCCGUGGCCACCCAUUCGCGUCGUCGUUUCCGCCUCUGCCCCUCCAAUGCUCCUCACAACCCCAACGCGCCUCAGGUCGACCCGAGCCUGUGGUUGGUGCACUACGGACCUAUCGACAACAACGAGCGUAUCCCCGUGCAGAUGAUCCCCCGCGACCCUCGUGCCCAGCACAUCAUGGACACCCGUGCCCACCUCCAGCGCUGCGGCCAGAUCCAGCGCAAGGAGUUUAUUCUCUCCGACCGCGUCAACUGGCCCCAGAUCGCCUGGCCUCGGGAGCUGUCGCGACAACCCGUGUAUGCCAACAACAGACCCGUGCCCCAGAAUAUGGCCUACCCUACGCACCCACAGACUGGCGCCCCUCCCCCCAAGCGCGCGAGGACCACGCAGGCUGCUCACCAGGUGCCACACGCAAUCGCCGGCCUCGGCGCAGAGGGUGCCUACGAUGACGACGAGGACUACUCGCGUGGCGAUCUCUUCGACCACCUCACCCCUCGCGAAAUCAGUCUACACCGAUACCAGCAGAACCACGAGUGGAUGGAGGAGAUCCUCUCCUCCCCCUACCGGAUGGGUCAGAUCGGGUUCGCCAGUCUCGGCUUGGGCUUGAAGGGAGAGCUCGCCAAGGUCACCGAUGGCAUCUUUGAGGCCCAAGGUAUAGAUGCCAUCAAUGCGCCAUCCAAGGGCGGCGAGAGUCACCUGGACGACGAGCAGGCCGCCGAGUUCAAGAAGCGAGUCAAUCAACGCAUCGACUCUACCAAUGACGAGAUUGCCAAGAUGAAGGCAGAGCACGAGAAGAAGAUGGCAAAGUUCAAGAAGAACUCGCUGCUCAGCACCGCCGAGAAGGACUUGCGCACGGCUGUAGAUGAUGUUACACCUGGACUGUUAAGCUUGGAGAAACCCUCUGAGGAGAGCGAGGAUGGCGCUGCCCGUUGGACCGCCAAGCACGGCAAGAAGGUUGACGAUAUUGUCUCGUUGGUCCAAGCCCAGCUGGGUCGACAGGCCGAGGCCAUCCAGGACCUCAGGCGUAUCCAAGAUGGUGGCUACCAGGAGCCUGCCCCAGAGCCCACGCCUCAGCCAUCGGCACCCUUGAACCCUGGCGCAGGAGCUUCCCAGGGCGGCUCCAUCAUGGGAGACCACGAGGACAUCGACAUGGGCGGCACGGCGGCCGGCUUGCUUGACCAAAUGCAUACAGGCAUGUCAUCUACCUCCACCCCCGGCAACAACUUUCCCACGCCUCAAGCCCAGUCGUCCGCUGUUCCAUCCACAUCUGGCACCCCAGCAAACCUGAACGGCCCUUCGCCGCACCCACCUCCCCCCGCCCCCCAAGCAGCGCCCCCCAAGCAGGAGGAGGACGUUGACAUGACCGGCACCGAGGCCGAGCCCUCAGGUACCGCGCCAGACCAAGGCACCGGCAGCGGGGACUGGGUUGUUGUGCCUAAGGAUGGCGUGACGCCCGACCCCAGCAGCACCUCGGCAAACCCCACCACAUCCGUCGACCAGGCUGCUGCCGCUGCUGCCGCCGCUGCCGCCACCCCGAAGCCGCCGUCCCAGCCCGCGAGCAAGCAGCCCUCGGCGACCGGCACCCCGGCCGCCGGCUCCAUCGGCUUCGAUGCCAACGACUUUGACUCCCUGGACAACCUGGACUCGGCCGGCGACGCCCUGGCCAGCUUCUCCGACACCCCGGCCGACCUCGGCGGCGACUUCAUGGAGGACUCGGCCUUUGGCGAUGCCUUCCACGGCGUCGAUGCCGGCGACGACGACGCCGGCAACACCCCCGCCGGCGAUGCAGGCUUGUAG